AUGGGCCGGUUUGCGCUGGUGAAUAAGGGGUGGAUCUCGAGGUUCGCCGCGUUCUUGCUGUGGUCCGCGUUCAUCUUGAUCUACGUGGGCGCCGUUGCUGACUCUUUUAACGUGGAUAUGUGUUAUUCGAGUGCUAUGGACAACUUUAAGCCUUCAUCGCACUCGUUCAAGUGCAAGAUAACCUACGUUCGCCCUCUGCCCUCCGUCCUGCGGCACUCGUCCCCCGUCUUCGCCAGCGCAUUCGAAGACCGGUACUUCUCAACCAUCCAUCUCCGGUAUCGCAUCCCCUCCGCAUUGCGGGAGAAGAUCAGCGCGUUGUGGUCGACGACUCGAGGAGCGCAGACGGCUAACCUUCGCUUCCACCUUGUCCGUCUAACCGGUUUUGCUGCUUUCGUCGCAAGCGCUGUCGUCAGAGAAGAUGGAUGGGGUCGACUGGGUGAUCAGAUCUUGUUGGCCGUCAAAACGAACUCCUAA